AUGCUGGGCGCGGGCGUCUACCCGGGGCAGGCGCCCGCGCCAGCUCUGAACAACCCUGUCUGGGUGCAGCUCGUUGACCCAGGGACAGGCCAGUUCUACUUCCACAACGUCGAGACGGGAGAGCGCUCCGACGUGGACCCAGACCCAGAGGGCGAGCUGCUGUGCCGCGCCGAGAACUCCGCAGCCAGCACCGAGCUGCCCUCGCACGUGCGCCCUCAGCCGGCCGCCGCGCACCCCGCGUUCCCCUUCGCGACCACCGGGGACGUCGUCGCGGCCGCCGGUCGCGCGCGGACGGGGGGGAAGAAGGGGGCCGACGAGGAUACGGAGUUCAUCAUGGAACACCAGGCUUGGUGGUUGCGACCAGCGCGGCAGCAGGUGAAAUCGGACGCCGGCAAGGUCCAGUAUAUUCAAGGGCACGAGGACUUCAACGUGUGGUUCGGGAAAGCAGAAAAUGACAGAUUCAACAAGAAGGAGAGAGAUCCAGCCCAGACCCGCUGCAAUCCAGCGACGGACACUGGCUGGACCUCCGCCGACACUCCUGGCGCCCAAGACAGUCAUUUUUGCAUGUUCUUCGCGAAGGGCUCAUGCAAUCUUGGUUUCAGGUGUAGCUACUACCACCGCAUUCCGACCCCUGCUGACGCGAAGAAGUGUGACAUGGUCCAUGACAUCUUCGGCCGGCAGAAGCACCGUGAACCCCGGGACGACAUGGGCGGCGUCGGUUGUCUUCACUCGCCGUGCGACACGGUAUUCGUCGGGGACCUCUUCUUCGACAGGACACGGGUAGACGCAAUUCAAGAAGUGGAGCAAGACAUCCACCAAGCUUUUGGUGAGUGGGGCGAGAUCCAGCAAGUAAGAGUGAUUCCAUCUAAAGCCCUCGGAUUCGUACGAUACAAAUACCGUGCUUCGGCAGAAUUCGCAAUGAUCGCAAUGAACAACCAGAGGCUGGGUAAAUCGCAAUGCAUUAAGGUGAAGUGGGCUAAUGCCGAUCCAAACCCUCGCGCAGAGAAAGCGCGCAGAAUUGAAAGGCAGGACAUGGUGGACGCCGCAGUCGACAAUCGCAUCGCUGGCUUGGGGCUGUCAGACUCCGAACUGGCAGGCAUGCAGCUGGCAAACGCGCCAAGAGAUUUCAAGGACGUCGUGGCGCCGUACCCAGACACAUCAGCCCAAUACCCGGGUGUGAGCAAGACUCCGGGGAUGGGCCCCGUCACCUCUCAUUGGCCGCCGCCCAAGUGGCACGGGCCGAGGCCCUGGCCGAGGCGAGGGCUGCCCAGGUCGCGGUGGAGGCGGACGAGGUCACGAGGCAGGCCGAGGCGGAGGCCAGCAUGA